CUUUACAAUUACUAUUAAGAACUUUAGUUGAAACAUUUAACUGUAGAUGCAAUACGCUGCAACCUAGGAAAUGGGUAUAAAAUUUUUACUUGUACAUAUGCUCAUAUUGAUCGGCAGUUUAAAGCAGGCAGUGGGGUCUUUACCUCCAGAAGUAGAAAAAUGCAAAUCCACCGAUAACGAUGAAUGUAUUAUCAAGAAUAUUAUGAAAAUUAUGAAACUAUAUCCUCAUGGUUAUCCCGAAAUAGGUUUACCUGAAUUUGCUUCAAUAACCGUUAAAGAUGUCGUACUAUCGAGUAACAAACAGGACUCGCCAAUACAUUUAAAUUUUAAAUUCAAUACUGUCACGAUUACGGGCACCGAUAAGCAACAAAUUUUGCGGGCUCAUGGUUUUAAUAAGAAUUUAACACAAACAAUUGAACUUGAUUUUUUUGCCCCUGAACUAAAGAUAGAUGGUGACUACGAAAUGGAGGGUAAACUUUUGGUACUGCCUUUAAAUGGUAAAGGUGUGGGUAAUAUUGUGAUGAAGGAUGUUACCACAAAGUAUAAAAUUAAGAUAAAAUUGGAAAAUCGUAAUAAUAAACUAUAUGGUGUUAUAGAUAAAAUGAAAUUAUGGAUGCUGGAACCGAAGAAAAUUACUUUGAACCUACAAAAUAUUGUUAAUAAUAAUGACGUUUUAACAAAAACUGUUAACGAAGUCAUCAACGAGAACUGGAGUGACAUUUGGAAGGAGUUGGAAAGUAAUACAAUGAAACUUGUUGAAGACAAUUUUCGAAGAAUUUUGAGCGAUAUAAUAAGUACAUUACCAGUGGAUGAGUUUUAUGCGGAUUAAAAUUAUUAAAAAAAAUUCUUAUUGAAAUUUUAUACUUGAUUAAAUGACAAUAUUUUUUGUAUAAAUAUUUAGUAAAAUAAAUGUUAACAUGUAUAUAAUUUCAUGGUAUUUCCGGAUGUAUGGAACUGAACUAGAA